ACUCGGGCGAAACUAUUUUGCUUUACAUGUUUUCUAGUAUAGAAACAAGAGUAAAUAAAAUGACUUUAGGAUGAAAUAAGGAAUGCAAGUUUACAUUCAGAUUGAUAAAUCUAAAUCAUAACAAUUUAUUUAUGCAUAAACAGAUGUACACUUGAAAAAAGGUUCAACAAGGAGGAAACAAAAUGGAGUUUUCAGAGCGUCGCAUUUUUAAAAUAGUUAUACUUGGAUAUAGAGAAGUUGGUAAAACGAGCAUUCUAGAAACAUUUAACUGGAAUGGAUUUCCUGAAAAACAUAUUGAAACUACAGCAAUCAAUUUUGCUAUAAAACACACAGAAGAAGCGGGAGAAAAGAUGCAACUAUAUCUUUGGGACACGGGCGACAAAGGCUAUGAACGAGAUAUUAUCGACUUAUAUUGCAAACAAGCCACGGGGUUUAUUCUUGUGUAUGACUUUACAAAUGAGGAAACUUUCAAAGAAUUGGAUUCCAAGAUCAAAUAUUUAAAAGAAAUAGCGCAAGAUAGGGAUCCAAGUUUUCUGAUAGUUGGAAACAAGUUGGAUGGAAAAUCUAGAGAAGUUAGCAAAGAAAAAGCAGAAAAGUUUGCAGCCGAGAAUGGGGCUGACUUUAUUGAAGUGAACGAAAUGGCAUCAACUGGUAUAAAUGAAGCGUUUGAUAUUAUAGUGAGGAAGAUCGAACAGAAUAUGAGCAAAAAGAAAGAAAAAGAAAAGUCUUGGUUAGGUUGGCUAAGUCCAUUGUGA